GAAUUCUCCGCUUCCGAACAAGAAGGAAUUAUGAUUCUGCGGUGGAGGUGCGGUGGCGUCGCUCCAGUGGCGACGGUGACGGAAAACGCUUCUAAUCCUUCGCCUCCUGCUUUCAAACCGAUUCGGAUUCCAAUUCCAAUCUCCAGACCACAGAACGCUACCGUUGCCACGAUGGCUGUUAGUCCGACGCAACCGGUGGCCGUGAGAGCUCUAGGGUUCCGGCUUCAACCGUCGCCUGAAUUAGGCCUUCUCUCUCUUCUUUUCGUUCUCUCAAUGGCAGUCGGAGCAAUUUUCUCCCUCACUGUUGUUUCCAUUCCAACCAUGGAUGCAUUUAGAAAAAUGAGUGAUUCAAUGGAUAGAUUGUCGAAAACAGUCUCUGAGGAAGUACCAGGAACCUUGUCUUCCUUCAAACUUUCUGCUCUUGAGAUCAAUGAAUUGACUCAGCAUCUUUCAAAUCUAAGGCAAAAACUUUCUUCCUUCAAAGUUGCAAAGAAAGGAAGAAAAGACAACCCCAAUUCGCCCGGUAGAAGAAAUCACCGCCCUAUUUUGGACUAAAGAGUACUGCAUUUGUAGUCUAUUAAUAAUGUUUCUCUAUUUACCAAAAAAGAAAAAAAAAAAGACUACUGCAUUUUUCAGUGUUGAGCAGUAUGAUGUAUCAAGUAGAUUCUCUCAAACAGAACUCUUUUGCCACUCUCAGCUGAAACUGCAUUUUUCAGUGUUGUGCACUCUAUGAUGUAUCUAGUAGAUUGUAAUUAAGCAACAAUCUGGUGUCUCUAGCGUAGAUUUUCUCUUUUCUUCAAGUUAUGCAAUGCAAUGUAUAAUAUUGCUGUUAUCAUGAAUUCCUGGGAUUCUUGUGUUACUGAGAAGCUUUGUUCAAUAAAAGAACAUACUUAUG